AUUUCCAUCCCCUAAAGUUCAGUGAAAACGAGUAGAGCAUAUAUAUAUACUUACUUGCCGGAAAUAUACACUUAUAUAUAUUUACGUAAGGAAUUGCUUAUAAACGAUAGAGGAGGGUCGUGAGAGGUCUAGGAAUACUUCCCAAUAAAGUCUAGACCGAUUCGUAAUCACCAGAGCAUCCUAGAGCUCGCCGGAGUUGCAAGUCGUGGAAGCGGGUCUUCAGCAAAAGCGAAUAUUUUGCCAUAGAUAAGGAUGCCAGAGCUUCGUCUCGCCGUCAGGAUCAUUUUGCAACUUGAAUCGUCGAAAACUCGAAAUCUGUUACCUAUGAUUAUGAUUAUGAAGAUUGAUGUACUUGAUGCCCGAGUGUUCCGCUAGUUGCACACGUUUGAUUAAUUAUCGUUGUUUAAAUUUGUAAUUCAUAAACUUUGUCCUAAGACCUAUUUCAUUGUUAUUUGCACUUAUGGUGGAUAGCCUGUGCACUCAAUCAUGUAUAGGUUGAGUGUGGCGGUGAUGCACCUGUUUUUACCUUAAAGACUUCCGUUGUACUCUAAAUAUGUUUAAUAAUAAAGAUGGUUUCAUUUAAAAAUGUGAUUUUAUUUGGGUGGGAAAAAUGGGGGUGUUACACGGUUGCCACGGGAGACGCCGCGGAAGACGGUGGCUCGGAAGACAUAGCAGCAUCGGCGUAUUAUUUUGUUUUUGGAAGAGGUGGCGGCUGCGAUGGAAGCCUGGCGGCGCCGAGUGUAGAGAGAGAAAGGAAAAAAAUUAGGAUUUUAGUGUGCUCUUGAUACCAUGUGAGAAUAAUGGAACAGGAUGCUCUCUAAGAAGCUCUGACAGAUAUAUUUAUAAUAAAAGAUUUUAAUGUAAAGUACAAUACUAAUGAUUUAAUAAUUCUAUUACUUAGCACAUCUUACGGGGUGUAUUGGGAGAACUAGUAACAUUGGAGGCAUGAAUUGAUUGAGUUGUGUAUCUUGUAUGUCCGUGUUCACGCGUUUGUCUAUCUUGAGAAAAGUUCGUGUGAUAACAGGGUCAAUGUUGUUUAGGUAAAGCUCGUGUGAUUACAUCGUGAUUAUAAUGAGAGUGCCAAUGGGUAUUGCCAGCGUAAAUGUGUAAUACGUAGUAAUUUUUAUUAUCGAAAUACAAGGGAGACACGUCAGAACCAAUCAAAGAUCUUUGACUUUAGAAAGUAGGGUUUUGAAUGAAAAUACUCGACUACUUUCCAUGCAAUGUACAAAUUAUUACUCUCUCUAUCCUUAUUUAAUGUCCUUACUUUCCUUUUUUGGAUAUCCUUUUAUAAAGUCCUACUUCCUUAUUUGAUAAACAAAACAAUGCAAAACAAUAUCAAACAUUGUCAUUUUCUUAAUACACGUGUAUAUUGUAGUGGGAACAUUAAAUAGGGGCAAAGGGGGUAAAAUAAUAAUAAUAAUAGUUAAUAUUAUUAUUAUUAUUAUAGUAAUAAUGACUAUUGUUGUUGUUGUUAUGGAGGAUUUGACUUUGCACCUCACUUUUUAGAUGAUAUUAGACUUUGUAUCUCGUUGUAAAAAAACAUUGAUUUUACACCUCAUUUUAUUUAAAAGUCCUUUUACUUUUGACACCGUUCAUAAAUUUUUCUUCACAAAAUGUUACGUGAUAGGGUGCAAAGUAAAAAAAAAAAUCAAAAAAGAUUGCAAAACUACAUAUCACUCAAAAAAUGGGGUCUAAAAUCAAAUUCCCUAUUACUAUUAUUAUUAGUAGUAGUAGUUUUGUUAUUAUUAUUUUUAUUAUUAUUAUUAGAAACACAAUGUAUGAAUCAUUACACAAAACACUCAUAAUCUUUAACUUAUUAGUCUUCGUUCCAUUUUUCAAGUUACCUUUGAGGUGGGGGAGUGAUAUUGUUUCCAUGUCUAUUGAAAGAAAAGAAUUCUUCAAAAGGAGAUCAGAUAUCGGCGCCGCUAUAGACAGGCCUCUUUCUGUUUUCCUUGUGUUGGCCUAUUCCGGGGUGCUUUACACUUUCUUGUUUCAAAGGUUGUGUAUGACAUUAUCCAUAAUUCCAUUUUAAUUUAAAAACUGUAUGUACUAUGUAUUUCCUUACUAAAUUUCCUUAAAAAGAAAGUAAUCACAUUUCCACUAACCCAACGGCUACUGUACUAGCUCUUAUCAUGAUGUUUUGCAUCUUACCCUUUGCUUGUUUUUCUUUCUUUAUUAUUAUUGUCUCGCUACAAUUGUCUCAUUUUAUUCUUUCGUGAAAAUUCAUUAAAAUUGUCUCCUGC